AUGAGCGGUGGAGGAACGCCGUAUAUCGGUAGCAAAAUUAGCCUCAUCUCCAAGGCCGAGAUUCGCUAUGAAGGAAUUUUGUACACCAUAGAUACUGAAAACUCCACCGUAGCUCUCGCCAAAGUUCGCUCUUUUGGAACCGAGGAUAGGCCCACCGAAAGGCCCAUCCCGCCCCGGGAUGAGGUGUUUGAGUACAUCAUCUUCAGGGGCAGCGACAUUAAGGACUUGACCGUAUGCGAGCCUCCUAAAGCUACCAGCAGCCUGCCUCAAGACCCUGCCAUCGUUCAGUCAUCACUUGGAUCGAGCAGCAGCAGCGCAGUAGGCCCGUCGGCGUCAUUCCAGUCUGCUGGCGCCUACGCUCCCUUCAGCAGGGCUCCGGUGCAAACCUAUGGACAGUUCGGUGGCGCGGCCAUGGGCGCUCCGCAGUUUGGCGCGCCCGGGGGACGUAACAGUCCUCAGCUGGACUCACUUGCAAAGAGCUCCGCCCUGGACCAGGCCACGCAGGCCCCCUCGGCUGCCACAGCGCCGCCGGUCGGGCAAAGGAGUCAGGCGGCAGCCCCGGCGCCUCGACCCACUGGGACCUCCGUUGGCCACCAGAAGCCCCCGGAUCUCCUGGAGCAGCGAAAAGCCCCCGACGUGCCAAAAGUGGCCCACGGGGAUCAUGAGCAUACCGCUGUUGAAAACCGGGACCCCAACAGGCGUCAAGGAGGUCAGUGCUACCUGUCGGGAGGCGCCCAGCCGGUGCGUCGCGGGCGUGGGCGGAGCAGCCGCAGCCGAGGCAAAGUGAACGUGCGCCGGGAUGGGAUGAUGAAGUUCGAGGAGGACUUUGACUUUGAGACGGCCAACGCUCAGUUCCACAAGGACGACAUCGACAAGGAACUGCAAAGCAAGCUCAAGCUCAGAGAUGACAAGGUGGAAAAGACGCCGAAUGGCGAAGAGGCCGACCCCGAACAUCCGGGUGCGGAGGCACCGGUCGAGGAAGAGGAGGCAGCGAUACCUCCCUGUUACUACGACAAGACCAAGUCCUUCUUUGACAACCUGUCCUGCAACGACUCCAAUAAAUCACAUGAUGGAGGAUUCUCAAGGUAAGUGUUAGUUGUUUUGCAUCGCAGAGAGCGGAGGUCGACCUGGGCAGAAGAGCGGCGGAUGAACGCCGAGACAUUCGGCAUCCCGCUGAGGCACCAUCGCGGCCGAGGGGGGUACCGCGGCAGCAGAGGCUACAUGGCGCCCCGCGGGGGCCGGGGAAGGCCGUCUGGCCGGGGCUCCUUCGGCCCGCCUCGAGGGGCGCCACCCGGCUUCCGAGGCGGCUUCAGGGGCGGAAGAGGAGGCCGCGAGUUCUCCGACUUUGAAUAUGCGAAAGACAACAAGGUGGCGGCGUAGUCCCGCCCCACUCGCACGAUGACCAAUCGUGGCUCUUUCAAAACAUGUUCUUGGGUCCCGACAUUUGCUAGGAAGGAAGAAGACGCAGCAGCGUGUCACCUCCAUUUUCUUUUUCUUCUUCCAUUUUGAGUUACAAGUGGUGUAAAUAAGUGGAGUCGGUCAGUACGCCGACUGUGCUUAGAUAGCUUUAUUCUUCCAUUUCAUUUUGUCUUACUUCAAUUUUGGAUGCGACAUGUUGAAACAGCCUGAAGGAAACCAAAUUUUGAGCACAUCCAGCAUGAUGAAGUGCUUGUUGAGAAGUCCACUAUAAACUGUUUUUUUUCUUCUUCUGAGCGCGCUUUCAGUAGUUAGCCAUCGGCCAAAAAAAGUUUGCAUCCAUCUCCUCAGUCAGACCCUUACUUUCACUCAGAAUGACUUCUCCAAUAUUUUUCUGUGAAGCUUUUUGUUUUGUUUUCUCUAAAACAAAAAGGGACAGCAACUGGAUCUGUGACAUGAAUGAUUAGUAUUUUCAUUAUUUUGGCUCCACUUUGUAUUUAGGGAGUGCCUUCUAGGUGGGAGGGGUGGUUGAUCGGGGAUUUUUCUACAGCUCUCCCUUUAAUGUUGAUGUUUUCUGGCAGAUGUGUUGAUUAAAAAAAAAAAAAAAAAGCACUAGGAGGUGGUGAACUUGUU